AUGACGAUGGAUAUCAAUAACCGCCUUAUUUUCACGCGUGAUAGCAGCACGCAAGAGCAUCCUCAUGCGAAGGAAGAGCUGCUGAACCAGUACUUGGUCGAGCUGGAGAAGCAGUUCACUGUCUCUACCGAGACGCUAAAGGAGAUCACUGGUCAUUUUAUCGGCGAGCUCGAGCGUGGUCUGGAGAAGCCGAACCAAGUUGUUCCAAUGUACCCGACUUAUGUAUUCGGCUGGCCGCAGGGCAACGAGACAGGCGAUUACUUGGCACUGGACAUGGGCGGCACAAACAUUCGUGUGUGUCUCGUCACGGUGAAGGGUAAUGGGGAAUUUGAGCUGACGCAGACCAAGUACCGUAUUUCUAAUGAGCAGAAGCGCGAGGAUGGUGAAAAGCUCUUCGAUUUCUUUGCCGAGUCGAUUAGACACUUUAUUGAGCACCAGUAUGGCUCCAUUGACAAAGUGCCGGGCACGCUCUCGUUGGGCUUUACUUUCAGUUUCCCGACCGAGCAGAACGCGAUUGAUCAAGGUGUCUUGCGUCAAUGGACCAAGGGCUUCGCGAACCCGAACACGGAAGGCCACGACUGUGCCGAGAUGCUGCGCCAGGCGCUCAAACGUAAGAAUGUGCCUGUCCAACUGAACUCAAUUAUCAACGACACGACGGGUACGCUGAUCGCAUCGAACUAUGUGCGCAACGAUACGCGCAUUGCGUGCAUUUUCGGUACAGGCUGUAAUGCUGCGUACAUGGAGGAUAUCAAGUCGAUCCCCAAGAUCAAGGAUUUGGAUCUACCGCCGAACGAGCAGAUGGUCAUCAACUGUGAAUACGGUGCGUUUGACUCAGAUGAGCACAAGUUCAUGAAGUCGGCGCGUACCAAGUAUGACGAGAUCAUUGAUCGGGACAGUACCAAGCCCGACAAGCAGACGUUUGAGAAAAUGAUCUCGGGUCUGUACCUCGGUGAGCUCUUCCGUCUGGUGAUUUGCGAGCUGGUGUACAAUGGCGUACUGUUCUUGGGCCAAGAGACGUACAAGAUUGAAAAGAAGGGUGUGUUUGACACGGCCUUCCUCUCGCUGAUUGAGACGGACCCGACCGACGAGCUGCUUACGGUCGUUGGCCUGUUCAAGUACUUCUUCUCGCUGGAAACGGACAUUGAGGAGCGUCGCUUCUUCAAGAAACUGGCGCAGCUUAUCGGUACGCGUUCGGCGCGCUUGAGUGCUUGUGGUAUCGCCUCAAUUACGCGAAAGAAAGGCCUCCUUGAGACCAUGCCGUCGUUCACGGUGGGUGUGGAUGGCUCCCUGUUCUCCAAGUACCCCCACUUUCCGGAUCGCUUGAAAGAGGCGCUGGUCGACAUUCUCGGUCCCAAGGCGAAGAACAUCAACUUGCAGCAGGCCGAAGAUGGCUCUGGUGCCGGCUCCGCGGUGAUUGCGGCCAUGACCAAGGCCCGUAAGGAGGCUGGUGUGCACGAGGAGCUGUAA